GGCCGUUGCAACUCCCAAGCUGUCGGGAGCUCCGCUAGUCAACUCGGAAGUGCGCGCCCUCUGCCAGCGAGAGCCCGAUUGUAAUGGCGCCAGCGACGCAAUUCGAAGUGGCGCAACCGCCCAAAGACGCCAUCUCUGCCAUCAGCUUCGCACCCGGUUCAUCCAGGCGCCUGCUCGUAUCAUCAUGGGACAGGAACGCGUACCUCUACGAGAUUUCGACAGGGGGGGAUGAGGCAAAGCUGCUAGGGAGCUUUGAGCAUCGCGCGCCGGUGCUAGGCGGGUGCUUCGGCGCGGACGAGAACGAAGCAUUCACGGCGGGCAUGGAUCACCAGGUCAAGAGGAUUGAUCUGUCAACCGGAGAACAAACCGUCAUGAGCAAGCAUACCGCUCCCGUCCGCUGCGUCGUCUACAGCGCCGAACACUCCCUCCUCAUCUCCGCCUCUUGGGACUGCACCCUCAACGUCCACUCCACGGCCAAUUCCUCCCAACAACCCCUCACUCUCCCGCUGCCCGGCAAACCGCACGCCUUGGCCGCAAGCCCAACCAAACUCGUCGUGGCCAUGACCGCCCGGCUCGUGCACAUCUACGAUCUUCCCGCGCUCGCAUCUGCCCUGGCCUCGUCCGACCCGAAACCCCCGCAACCUUGGCAGCAGCGCGAGUCCUCCCUCAAGUUCCUCACCCGCGCCGUGGCCUGCAUGCCCAACGACGCCGGGUACUCGACGUCGAGCAUCGAAGGGAGAGUGGCGGUGGAGUGGUUCGAGGACAGCGCCGAGUCACAGGCGCGCAAGUACGCCUUCAAGUGCCACCGGCAGGCGGCGCCCGAAGAGGAGGGCGGCGGCGACGUCGUCUACCCCGUCAAUGCACUCGCCUUCCACCCCAUCCACGGCACGUUCGCGUCCGGCGGCGGCGACGGCACUGUCGCCCUGUGGGAUGCUGAGGCCAAGCGCCGCAUGAGGCAAUAUCAGAGGUUCCCCGAGAGCGUGGCUGCCCUGGCCUUCUCCGCCGACGGGCGGUUCCUCGCCAUCGGCGUGUGCCCUGGGUUUGAGACGGGUAUGGAGGAUUACAGCGGGGAGGGCCGCACAAAGCUCUUCAUUCGGGAGCUGGGAGAGACGGAGGCCAAGGGAAAGGGGGCGAAAUAGUCGUGCGACGGGUGACGAGGAUUCUGUAUGGGUAUAAAGACGGUUCGGCGGUUUGGCGUUGGGAGGGAAAUCUACGCUUGAUUCUCUUUUCUCCUUUUCACUUGUGGAACGCCGGGUGUCAUGCAAUAUCGUGACUGACUAGUAGAUCUGGGAUAUGAUGUUUCAGUGGCCGAUGGUGAGCUGGGAUUGCGAC